AUGGCCCUGCGCUGUGGCUUGGCCCGGCUGCGCCACAUCCUGGCACGGCUGCUGGGCGUGCUGGGCGUGCUGGGCGUCCUGGGGCUGCUGGGGGCCGGGCAUGGCGAGGAGCUGCUCUCCUGGAUCCUGCUGCCCCUUCUGGGCACCGCUGCAGGCGGGGACCGCGACACCAGUGUGGCCCCUCUGGUGCUGCUUGGCCCCAACGACUUAAUGCUGCCCAACACUGAGGCCUGCCAGCCCCGUGCCCCCUUCCUGCUGGUGCUGGUGGCCAGCGCGCCUGCCCAUGUGGGGCACCGCGAGGCCAUACGCAGGAGCUGGGGGGGCGCCCGCCGGGCCUCUGGCUACCCCGUGCGCACGCUCUUCGUCCUGGGGCUGCCGGACUCCGGGGCGGAGCAGGCGGCGCUGGAGCGGGAGGCGCAGCAGCACGGAGACCUGGUGCAGGGCCGGUUCCACGACACCUACGCCAACCUGACCAUCAAGACCUGCAUGCUGCUGCGCUGGGCAGCCGCCCUAUGCCCCGGCGCUGCCUUCGUGGCCAAGGUGGACGACGACAUCUUCCUGAACCUGCCGGCGCUGGCCCACCACCUGGGCAGCCUUGCCAACCCCCACGGGCUCUACCUGGGCCGGGUGCACUGGUGGGUGCGCCCCAACCGCGACCCCCACAGCCGCUACCAUGUGCCAGUUGCGGUCUUCGCGGGUGCUGCCUUUCCUCCGUACUGCAGUGGGACGGCCUACGUGCUCUCAGGCGACGCUGUACGGCAGGUACUGGUAGCCGUGCCCCAUCUGGUGGCUGUGGGGCCUGAGGAUGUCUUCGUGGGGCGCUGCGCUCACCGCGCAGGCCUGGCCCCCACCCACACCGCCCGCAUGGGCGGUGCCAUCCGCCUGUCACUGGAUGCUUGCUGCUAUGGCCAAGUGCUCUUCAGCAUCCAUGGCGUACAGCCUGCCCAGAUGGGUCAUGUCUGGGGGCUGCUGGGUGGACAUGGCUGGGGGGAGGGGCCGGAGGAGCCCACUGGGCUCUGCACCCUACUACAGUGGGGUCUGGGGCUGCUGCGCUGCAAGGUGCUGGCUCUGUUUGAGAAGCUGUGA